UCUAGUCUGAGUAUACCUACCCUGUUCUGACGACGUCGGUCGAUCUCUUCUUCCCUGGCCCUCGCUUGACUCUUGACGUCGUGUCCAACUAGAGACGGAACGGGAGGCUCUCAGUCCGCUAUCUGCUCGUAUCUCACUGCCGUUUCGCUUGGGGGUGACUGUGAAGUUGAAGACGGGAUACGAAAAGUGUGACUAUCCUGAGAUUCAGUUACUCACACUACAGCAGUCAACACGGUCGUUCUUUCAUUGACGGUUUCCCAUUUCAUCAAUUUUCUUACGUUUCCUUCCUUUCUAGCGAUAAUUUGACCGAGACUUGGAGUCUUGCUUCGCAGUCUUUCCAUACAACCAACUGCAACUUGAGCAGGAUGAUCGGGAUUUUCGUGAUUGUGGCGAUCCUGCUACGAGCCAGCGUAGCAACACCACUGCCUGCAGCUGCCAGUGCUAGCAUUAUGGAUUUUGGUGCCGUUGCCAAUUCGAACACGGUGAGCGCAGCCCAGGCGAACUCCAAAGCAAUCGAGGCGGCGGCCAAGUCGGUGACGGCGGCUGGCACGGGCGGAACGGUGGUGGUGCCGGACAACCAGACCUUCUACAUUCACCCGGUGUCGCUGAGCGACCUGCACGGCCUGACACUGGAGCUAUCCGGUGAGCUCCGCGCGCACAACAACAUCUCGGCGUGGCCUCGGGAUGCUGGCAACAAUACGGAGGAUGUGAUCAGCAUUGAUCAGUGCACCGAGUUCACGUUAACCGGCACCGGCACACUGGACGGGCAGGGCUACGACUGGUGGUGGUGGGCGAUCCUCGGCGGCUUCUCCAAGCUGUGGCACGACGACAGGCCUCACUUGAUGCGCAUCAAGCGCACCAAGGGCAUCGUACUCGAAGGAAUACAGCUGCGAAACAGUCCACAGUUUCACGUGAAGCUGGACGACUGUGCAGACCUGGUGGCAAGGCACUUGUCGAUCUACGUGGACGUGGAUCUGCAGAAGUCGAUGCUCCGGCAGCACGGAUUACUCCGCCGCAGCGUGGGCACGACUGCGGACGGGCGAGAGCGCGACAUCGAGAUACCCAUCUUCCCGCUGAACACGGACGGUUUCGAUCCGUCCGUGAACGGGGUGCACAUCUACAACGUGACGAUCGAGAACUUUGACGACGCGGUGGCCGUGAAGCCAUGCAACACCGAUCCCGGGCACCUGUACUGCAACUGCAGCAGCAACAUGCUGAUAGAAAACUCAACGGUUCGCCUCGGCGUUGGCAUGACCAUUGGAUCGGUCCCUCCGAACGAUAACGUGAACUGCGUUGAGAAUAUACUCUUCCGCAACAUCGUCUUCCACGAGCCGCUGAAAGGCGUCUACAUGAAGACGAAUCCGGGCGAUCACGGGUCCGGCGUCAUACGCAACGUAACCUACGAGAACUUGGAAAUCAUCGACCCGGUCUGGUGGGGCAUCUACAUCGGGCCGCAGCAGCAGGAGCAGCCCGACGGCGGCGGGCCCGGCUGCAUGACGUACCCGCUGGAGCCGUGCGAAACGCAGCCGCGCGUGCCCAUGGACGCCAUCACGCUGCGCAACGUGGUAAUGAGCGGCGGCAUCAACCCCUUUGCCGGCGUCGUCCGCUGCAACGAGUCGCGUCCGUGCACCAACUUUCUGUUCGAGAACGUGCACGUCAAGGAGGCCCUGGACACGGAGAACUACAUCCUGGAGUACGUGGAGGGCACGGCCAUCGACUGCGCACCCGUCCCAAACUUUGCACCAAAUCCCAGUGCACUACCGCCAGUGGAGGAUCAAUCCAGGAAUGAGGCACGCCAACAGGAGCCGUCCAAGCACACGAAGAGAUUACAUGUCGGUCAGCGCCGUGAGAAGCAUCGCCUCCUGAACAGAUUAUGACGUCGCCAGUCUGACGGACGGGCACUUCCGGCACUUUGACAAUAAUGGCCGAGUACAGGAGCUGUGAACGUGCCCAGACAAAGCAAAUUUAUGGAAACAUUCAGUGAUCCUGAUACCCCCUCCUCGUUUUUAGUAUUUAUUUGCCUAGUUGUGGUGCUGUGCUCAUUUAACUUUUCCUGGCAUUUCACAUACUGAUCUUGCUUCUGAAGUAUGUUGCCUUGCAAUCCCAAACCACAGCUUUUGGAGGAGUUCACAUUCCCCAAGAGCACACUACUCUAGACGUGGAUGGGUCUGGUGCUAUUCACUGGCCAUGGCCACAUUUGUCAUGAAGUGAAAAGUCAGCUGGGCCGUUGGGUCAGGAUCGCUCUGCUAUGGCUUCCAGUUUUCAAGUA